CAUUAAACGCGCGGAACCCUUGCCCGCCGGAAAAAAAUCGCCGCGCGCUCUAUGGUCGCUCUGGUUUCCCGCCACGGAACUGUCAAAUAUUUUCGUCGAAAAAGUUUUUAAUGUUAAUGAUUCGUUUUUGUCGUCGAUUUAAUUUUGGAGGUUGAAUUUUAAUUACAGUUAAUUUAAUUAUUUGAAAUAAGUAUCUUGCGAUGUUAAUUGCGUAUGAAAUAAUAAACAGUGAUGUUUAAUUUUUGGUGAUACUAUUGUGACUGUCACCUGUACAAACAGUUUUAUAAUGUUUUGGAUUAAUCACCGAAAUGUUGAACCUAAUUAAUAAAAUUACGCAUUUCGAUAAAGUUAAGUAAUUCUAGUAAGAACCGAUUUUAAUACCUAUAUUGUACUUAACAAUAUGAAAAUAGUUUUUUUAUGAAAUUAACAUAAAAACCUGAAGGUAAUAUAAUAUCGUGUAUGGACUUAAAGUAUUACGGCAACACAAUGGAAGUAGCUCAAACACCAUUGCAGUUGACACAGGAGCAUCAGGACCACAAUCGGAUGAACGGCGACGACAAGUCCCCGUCUCUCCGCUGGACGCCCCCGUCCUCAGCGGCGCUGGUGGCGGCGGCGUUGGCGCCCCCCGCGCUGCGCCCCUGGCUGCCCGACGCGCCGCACAAGAAGAACAACCAUCUGGGCUUGGUCUGCGUGGUGUGCGGCGACACGAGCUCGGGCAAGCACUACGGCAUCCUCGCCUGCAACGGCUGCAGCGGCUUCUUCAAGCGCUCCGUGAGGAGGAAACUCAUAUACAGAUGCCAGGCCGGCACGGGUCGAUGUGUGGUGGACAAGGCUCACCGAAACCAAUGCCAGGCGUGCCGACUGAAGAAAUGCCUCGCCAUGGGCAUGAAUAAGGAUGCCGUGCAGAACGAGAGGCAGCCUCGCAACACCGCCACUAUUAGACCAGAGACCCUGAGGGACAUGGACCAGGAACGCGCCUUGAGGGAAGCCGCCGUCGCUGUUGGGGUUUUUGGGCCACCAGUCUCACUCGCCAUGGCGCUGUCACCAGCCCGCUACCCGCUACUGUCACCCCACUACCCUCAGCUGCCGCCGCCGCCGCCGCAGAUCACACAGCCAGACUCCUCGAGGGAUCGGGAGGAGAAGACUUACCAUAGCGAUAGUGAUGACGACAGCAUCGACGUGACAAACGAAGAGGACUCUACAUCUUACUCCCCACCUGCCUCGUCAACCUACCCGCAGAACUGUAUGCCUUGCAGGCCACUCGGAGUAGAAAGCUCGGCGGAGACGGCCGCCCGGCUCCUCUUCAUGGCAGUCAAGUGGGCCAAGAACCUGCCUUCCUUCGCCAGCCUUGCCUUCCGUGAUCAGGUGAUCCUCCUUGAAGAAGCGUGGUCGGAGCUAUUCCUUCUCAACGCCAUACAGUGGUGUCUGCCACUCGACGCCGCCUGCGCUACACUCUUUGGCAGCGAUCAGCAAGAUCAAGAAUCCGGUACAUCAUCAUCAUCACUGCGGCGGCUGCGCGAGGUGCUGGCCCGCUACCGCGCCGUGCUGGUCGACCCGGCCGAGUUCGCUUGUAUGAAGGCUAUUGUGCUGUUUAAAUCUGAAACCCGCGGCCUAAAAGACCCGCUACAAAUAGAGAACCUGCAAGACCAAGCGCAAGUCAUGCUCAUGACCCACUCCCGUACUGCCCACAGCGCCGCCCCCGCUCGCUUCGGACGGCUCUUACUGUUACUGCCAUUACUGAGGUUAUUAACUCCUCAGCAACUGGAAAGAGAGUUCUUUGCCAAGACUAUUGGACAGACGCCGAUGGAAAAUGUGUUGGCUGAUAUGUAUAGGAAUUAG